AAACAUAAUAAGAGGGUUAAAAGUGGGAUUUACCCGGUUCCGCUUCAUGCCACAUUUGUUGUUGAUAGAGUUGUUUCCCUGUGUGCUGUUGCAGAGUUCAAGGCCGCCUUUGACAUCUUCGUACAAGAUGCGGAGGACGGCUGCAUCAGCACCAAGGAGCUGGGGAAGGUGAUGAGGAUGCUGGGCCAGAACCCCACACCAGAGGAGCUGCAGGAGAUGAUUGAUGAGGUGGAUGAAGACGGGAGCGGCACGGUGGACUUUGAUGAGUUCCUGGUCAUGAUGGUGAGGUGCAUGAAGGAUGACAGCAAAGGGAAGUCAGAGGAAGAACUGGCAGAGCUGUUUCGCAUGUUUGACAAGAACGCAGAUGGUUACAUCGACCUGGACGAGCUGAAAAUGAUGCUGGAAUCUACAGGAGAGGCAAUUACCGAGGACGACAUCGAGGAGCUGAUGAAAGACGGGGACAAGAACAACGACGGCAAAAUUGACUACGAUGAGUUCUUGGAGUUCAUGAAAGGAGUGGAGUAAUCCUGAACAAGACAAGAUCCAGAGUGUUAUUUUUGUAUUUCUCUGUGACUCCACGGUCCUCUGUGGUGAAACUGGAAGCUCACUUAUAGAAACCGCUUAUAGAAACAAUGGAACGACUUUGCAAGAUUCAGUCGAAUACUGUAGCUUAAUGUUUCUGUAUUUUUCUACCAUCUCUUGCAUCGUUGUAAAUACAGUUUGUAACUAGUUUUGGUGCCCAUGUAUACAGAAUUUGUGUAAAUGUAUCCAAAUUACUUAUAUUUUCUAUGGAGGCCACAUAGUAUACCAGUUUGGCUGCUCAAAAUAUCAACUUUGUGUUUGUUUCCGACUAAAUCUUAUCUCUAAGGUGCCACAGCCGGUUUACAAAUCUUCUUAUUGAGAGGCUGAUAUUUUUUAGCUGGGAAGGAAAUGUAAAUGUCCACAAAACAGAACAUAGUCAACAUAGUUGAUACUAUUAAUACACCAGAAUCUUUUAGACUCAUCUUACUUUUUGAACAAUGUGCUGGAUCCAGUUUGUGAACUGUACAUGUUCUGAUUUGCACAUUGUAUACAUUUCUGUAAAGAUACCCUCAGGACUGUUUAUCCCCCUCUCAUGCCCCUGGAACGUCUGCAUAUUUCGACAUGAAACGUCUGUUUGGAAUGUGCGGUCAUGUAAUAAACAAGAUGCAUUUGUCUAAGCAGUCCUUUUGUCAAUAU